AUGAGAGUUUUAUUUGAAAUGAGAAAAAAGGCUGAAUUGUUAAAUGCUUCUAUCAAUUCAUGGUUUAAACGAAAAUUAGUAAAGAAUGAAUACGAGGAAUUACAAUACCAGUUAAAAGGCAAAGUUGAUGGGCAAUUUCCCGUUUGGAUAAUUGAAAAUGAAAUGCCUAAACACAGAGGAAUUGUUGCACGAAUGGAACACGGAUUGAGGAAAAUUAGGAAUCAAAUUUAUCAGCCUACUUGGGAAGCAUCGAAAAAUAAGAAAAAGAUGGAAAAACAAGGAAGAAACCGAUACCGUUAUUUUAAUUCAACGCCAAGGAUUAAAAGAAUUCAUAAGCAUAAACCUCGAAUUCUUUAUGUAGUUGAUGAGCCAUCUCGUCCUGCUUAUUAUUAUCAGAAGAGAUUGAAGAGAGGAUUUUGGAAUAAUUGA